GGGGCGCGGGCGGCGGGGCCGCGGGGCGGGGAGGGGCGGCCGGUUGCUGUAGCGGCGGAGCCCGCGCCUCCCCCCUCGCGGCCCGGCGCGGGGCCCCGCUGUGAGCCAGCGCUGCCCCCGGGGGCUGGGGGCGGCGAGUCCCCUCAGGGGGCGGUGGCGGGGCCGGGCUCGGGCUGCGAGCUUCCCUCCCGCUUCCCUCCCGCUUCCCUCCCGCGUCCCUCCCGCAGGGGUCCGGCCAGCGACCCGGUGACCCGCCGUGCCAGCCCGCGGCCUCCGCGCUACCUGAGCCAAUGCUAGAUCUGGAGGUGGUGCCCGAGCGGUCUCUGGGGAACGAGCAAUGGGAGUUCACCUUAGGAAUGCCGUUGGCUCAGGCUGUAGCAAUUCUUCAGAAACACUGUCGCAUUAUCAAAAACGUCCAGGUUCUCUACAGUGAGCAGUCACCUCUUAGCCAUGACCUCAUCCUUAACCUGACUCAGGAUGGAAUCAAACUGCUGUUUGAUGCUUUCAAUCAGAGACUUAAGGUGAUUGAAGUUUAUGACUUGACUAAGGUGAAGUUAAAAUAUUGUGGUGUCCAUUUUAACUCUCAGGCAAUUGCUCCAACCAUAGAACAAAUUGAUCAGUCAUUUGGAGCAACACAUCCAGGAGUGUAUAACUCAGCUGAGCAGCUCUUUCACCUCAAUUUCAGAGGACUGUCGUUUUCUUUUCAGUUAGACUCCUGGACUGAAACCCCGAAGUACGAGCCUAACUUUGCCCACGGUCUGGCCUCUCUGCAAAUUCCACAUGGCGCGACUGUGAAACGCAUGUACAUCUACAACGGAAACAGUCUGCAGGACACCAAGGCUCCCUUGAUGCCUCUCAGCUGUUUCCUUGGGAAUGUGUAUGCUGAGAACGUCGAUGUUCUGCGAGAUGGAACUGGACCCUCAGGUUUACGGCUUCGCCUACUCACUGCAGGCUGUGGCCCAGGUGUUUUAGCCGAUGCCAAGAUGCGGGUAUUUGAGCGCUGUGUGUACUUCGGUGAUUCCUGCCAGGAUGUGCUCAGCACCUUGGGCUCUCCACACAAAGUCUUCUACAAGUCGGAAGACAAGGAUAUUCUAUUUGAUGCAAACACUCACAAGGUGAAAAAAUUUGUCCUGCAUACAAAUUAUCCUGGUCAUUACAACUUCAACAUUUACCAUCGCUGUGAAUUCAAGAUUCCACUCAUCAUUAAGAGAGAUAGUGCUGAUUCACAGACAGAAACAUGUACAACAUACAGCAAGUGGGACAGUAUUCAGGAUCUACUGGGGCACCCUGUAGAGAAGCCAGUGGUACUUCACAGGUCAUCAUCUCCGAACAACACUAACCCAUUUGGGUCAACCUUUUGCUUUGGACUGCAGCGAAUGAUCUUUGAGGUGAUGCAGAAUAAUCACAUAGCUUCUGUUACUCUGUAUGGCCCCACACGGCCCAGCAGCCAGUUGAGAACGUCGGACCUUCCCCAAAGCCUUUCCACCCAGGAGCGGUGUGGAGAGGAAAUUCUCUCAACCCUUCAUCAUGGGGCAUGGAACUGUUGAUGGAGGAAAGCAGCUUGGGUGCCUGUGCCGUCAUUUAUUCCUCUCCGUUGCCCUCAUCCUAUGCAGCACAGACCUGAAGAGACUGUCCCUCCUUCUCAGCUGGCAGAAGGGGGAAAUGGAAGAGGGGCACGUAAUGACUGCAAGAAUUAGAAGCACAAACUUUCUGAGCCUUGGAGCAUCUGGAAGCAGGUAUUGAUUUUAGUCUGUUUGUGUUACUGUAUUGAUGUGGUGGUCACAUUUUAAGAAAACGUGUGUGUAUAUAUAUAUAGAUCUAAACACCUCGGUAUUUCUGUGGCUUAGGACAUUGUACCAAGUGUGACAAGGAUGUAUAUAUGUCCAUGAUUUCAGGCACCACAUCUUUGUGUAACUUUAAACCAAGCAAGUAGCAUGUGCAUAAUACUUGGUUGUAACAUUUGCACUACAUACACUUUAAUUACUUGAUAAACGUUUAUCUUCACUGAGGAGCAUCUGUGUACUGGGAGUGAGUGGGGUGUGGUGGUUAUUUAAUGUACACUGCGCAUAAAGCUUAUUUAUACAGUGGAUCAAAUUUAUCCACCUUCCUGCACUAAUAUGUACUUGAUAUGCUGAUACAAUUUUUUUCUGUCAUGGCUGGUUUACUAAUUUUUUUUCAUAUGCAAUUUUGAAAGAAAAAAAAAAAAACUUCUGGAAGGGGUUAUUUCUAGGAUUAAAUUAUGUUUUAAUGAAAAGAUUUGAUACAAUUUUUCAUACUAGUGAAAAAUCUAACGAAGAAAUAAUGUUGCCUCAUUUGCCUCUGUUCCAAAAUCCUUUAUUCCUACUCUAUUUCCUCAGAGAAAGGAAAGCUGUAUAUAAUGGUAUCUCAGAAAGAAAUUCUGGAAUUCCGCCAUCACCAAGAUAACCUUUUCUGUAACUUUUGAUGUAUGAUUUUAAUUUAUGCCAAAGGUUUAGCCAAAGACAUCCUCGAUGUAGUUUCACCAUUUCUGUACAUAUAUGCUAACUGCACACCCCACCCCAGCAGACAGGAUAUAGGCUUCUUUCUAGUUGGGAGAUGCUGCUCGCGACAUUUUAUCCCAGGAGGAUACUUUAGGUUUCUAGUUCUCUUACCAGUCUUAUUUGGGAGAAAUAGGUGGUCUGUCUUUGAAAUAAUGAACCCUUUUUAAAAAUGGACAAGAGAAAUGUAUAAUUUUAUCCCAUUUUUAAUAUUUUGGUGUCGCAACUUGUGAUACAUAGAUGACAAUUUUGUGAGUUUUACUAUGUGUGUACAGAUUUUUGUAAAUAUGACAUUUUUGUAAUUUUAACUCCAUGUACAGUGUAAUCCUGUAUAGUUUAUCAAUGAAUGAGAGAUAGGAAAUCGAAUGUUAACUGAAGUUUUGGAUCCUGGACCAGUAGCAGGGAUAAAUGUGUGUGUGUGUGUGAGACGUUCUUUGCCAUUUAGUCUUCCUGUAUACUGUGAUACUCUAAACUGUUUUGCUAAAACAAACAAAAAAGCCCCAUGGAGAAUUUAAUGGAUAAGGAAAAAGUUACUGUUUACCUUUAUCCCUAGGUGUCACUCCUGUUGAAUCCCUGUUCAAUCUGUGCUGUCUCCUGUGAUCGUUGCUUGCUAAGAAAAUUCUAUGCCUCAAUCUUCCUUUUUGUUUCCUCUCUAAUUUUAAUUUCAUUUUACAUAGCCCUUCUGUAAAUUAAAUGGAAUAAUUAUGAGCAUGUACACUGAAAGAAAAAUAAAAAGAGACUCUCAGUUACUGUUUUUGUGUUAAAUACAGUUGCUGGGUGUUUUU